GUGCUCGUUGCUCCGGAGUCGGGGCGCGGGGGUACCAGGGGCGUGCCCCGAUGCCGAGCCCGCGGCUUCUGGUGCUCUUCGGCAGCCAGACAGGCACGGCCCAGGAUGUGUCGGAGAGGCUGGGCCGCGAGGCCCGGCGCCGGCGGCUCGGCUGCCUGGUGCAGGCUCUGGACUCCUACCCGGUGGUGAAUCUGAUUAAUGAGCCCCUGGUGAUAUUUAUUUGUGCAACUACAGGCCAAGGAGACCCCCCUGACAACAUGAAGAACUUCUGGAGAUUCAUAUUCCGGAAGAACCUGUCGUCAACCUCCCUCUGUCAGAUGGACUUUGCUGUCCUGGGCCUUGGGGACUCCUCUUAUGCCAAGUUCAAUUUUGUGGCCAAGAAGCUGUACCGACGGCUGCUGCAGCUUGGGGGCAGAGCCCUCCUGCCCGUGUGCCUGGGUGAUGACCAGCAUGAACUGGGGCCUGAUGCCGCUGUCGACCCCUGGCUGCACGACCUGUGGGAGAAGGUGCUGGGGCUGCACCCAGUGCCACUCCAUCUCGGCAUCAUCCCCCCAGGAGUCCCUUUGCCCUCCAAGUUCACCCUGCACUUCCUUCAGGAGGCCCCCAGCACGUGUUCUGAGGAGCAGCAUGUGACCAGGACAGACCCUCAGGGUUCCCCUUCAGAGCUGCAGCCCUUCCUUGCACCCAUGGUCACCAACCAGAGGGUCACCGGCCCCCUGCACUUCCAGGACGUUCGGCUGAUUGAGUUUGACAUCACAGGCUCUGGGCUCAGCUUUGCAGCUGGUGAUGUGGUGCUGAUCCAGCCCGAGAAUGCGGCCGGCCACGUCCAGCAGUUCUGCCAGGUGCUGGGCCUGGACCCUGACCAGUGCUUCACGUUGCAGCCUCAGGAGCCAGGUGUCCCCCGCCCCGCGCGGCUGCCCCAGCCCUGCUCCGUGCGGCACCUCGUGUCACGGUACCUGGACAUCGCCAGCGUGCCACGCCGCUCCUUCUUUGAGCUCCUGGCCUGUCUCUCCCCCCACGAGCUGGAGCGAGAGAAGCUGCUGGAGUUCAGCUCUGCCCAAGGCCAGGAGGAGCUGUGCGAGUACUGCAGCCGGCCCCGCAGGACCAUCCUGGAGGUGCUGGGUGACUUCCCACACACAGCUGGAGCCAUCCCCCCAGACUACCUGUUGGACCUCAUCCCCCCGAUGCGGCCACGGGCCUUCUCCAUCGCCUCCUCCUUGCUGGCUCACCCCUCAAGGCUGCAGAUCCUCGUGGCUGUAGUGCAAUACCAAACACGCCUCAAGGAGCCUCGCCGGGGCCUCUGCUCCUCCUGGCUCGCAUCCUUGGACCCUAGACAAGGACCUGUCCAGGUGCCCCUAUGGGUGCGGCCUGGGGGCCUGACCUUCCCAGAGACACUGGACACGCCCGUGAUCAUGGUGGGGCCUGGCACUGGUGUGGCCCCCUUCCGAGCAGCUGUCCAGGAGCGUGUGGCCCAGGGUCAGACUGGUGAGAAACUUCUUGUUUUUUGGCUGCCGCCGGCGAGACCAGGACUUCUACUGGGAGCCAGAGUGGAAGGAGCUGGAGAAGAGGGGCUGCCUGACCCUGGUCACGGCAUUCUCCCGGGAGCAGGAGCAGAAGGUGUACGUGCAGCACCGGCUCCGGGAGUUCGGGCCACUGGUGUGGGAGCUGCUGGACCGCCAGGGCGCCUACUUCUACCUGGCAGGCAACGCCAAGUACAUGCCGGCAGAUGUGUCAGAAGCCCUGACAUCCAUCUUCCAGGAGGAGGGCGGGCUCUCCGGCCCUGAAGCGGCCGCCUACCUUGCCAGGCUGCAGCGGACACUGCGUUUCCAGACUGAAACGUGGGCCUGAGGAGCCAUCCU